AUUAUGAGAAGAAACUUCACCUCAGUGACUGAGUUCAUCCUCCUAGGACUGAGCAAUCGCCAGGAACUGUAGAUUCCCCUCUUCCUGCUGUUUCUGGCCAUUUAUGUGGCCACGGUGGCAGGGAAUCUUGGCAUGAUUGUGCUCAUCCAGGUCAGUGCCCGGCUCCACACACCCAUGUACUUUUUCCUGAGCCACUUAUCCUUUGUGGAUCUGUGUUUCUCUUCCAAUGUGACUCCAAAGAUGCUGGAGAUUUUCUUAUCAGAGAAGAAAACCAUUUCCUAUGCUGCUUGUCUGGUGCAGUGUUACUUUUUUAUUGCCUUGGUCCACGUGGAGGUCUAUAUCCUGGCUGUGAUGGCCUUUGAUCGGUACAUGGCCAUUGGCAACCCUCUGCUUUAUGGCAGCAAAAUGUCCAAGGGUGUGUGCACAUCCCUCAUCACGGUGCCUUACGUUUACGGAGCACUCACUGGCCUGAUGGAGACCAUGUGGACCUACAAUCUAGCCUUCUGUGGCCCCAAUGAAAUUAAUCACUUCUACUGUGCUGACCCACCUCUGAUUAAGCUGGCUUGUUCUGACACUUACAACAAAGAAAUGUCAAUGUUUGUUGUGGCUGGCUGUAACCUUUCCUUUUCUCUCCUCAUCAUCCUGAUUUCCUACUUGUAUAUUUUUCCUGCUAUUCUGAAGAUUCAUUCCACAGAAGGCAGGCACAAAGCGUUCUCUACCUGUGGCUCCCAUCUGACAGCUGUCACCAUCUUCUAUGCAACUCUUUUCUUCAUGUAUCUUAGACCCCCCUCAAAGGAAUCUGUGGAGCAGGGAAAAAUGGUUGCUGUAUUUUAUACCACGGUAAUCCCCAUGUUGAACCCCAUGAUUUAUAGCCUUAGAAAUAAAGAUGUGAAAGAGGCAUUAACCAGAGAGCUGUUAAGGAAGAAACUAUUUUCUUAA